CUAUCAUUAGGCCAAAAUAAAUUGAGGCCACAAUGCAUAAAUUCGACCUUGGUAGGAAGAGGAAAAUAAAACCAUACGUAUUUUGCUUCUAGAAGAAAAAAUUGAAAAAAAAAUACAGAAAACGCAUAGAGAGCUAUGGAGUGGUGUGUGUCGAUGCCGAAGAUUGAAUUACAUGCUCAUCUCAAUGGCUCCAUAAGAGAUUCUACUCUACUAGAACUUGCCCGAGAAUUGGGGGAGAAAGGCGCCAUAGUUUUCUCAGACGUAGAGCAUGUUAUACGCAAAGAGGAUCGUACGCUCAGUGAAGUCUUCAAAAUGUUUGAUUUGAUUCAUAUUAUUACCACAGACCACAAAACUGUUACGAGGAUCAGCAAAGAGGUUAUUGAAGACUUUGCUGCUGAUAAUGUUGUAUACUUGGAGUUAAGAACGACUCCGAAGAGAAAUGAUUCUAAAGGGAUGAGCAAGCGCUCAUACAUCCAAGCAGUUUUAGAGGGCAUACAAUCUGUAGAUGCUGUUGAUGUGGACCUUUUCGAUAGGCCGAAUGUAGAUAUUUCUGUUAACUCUCAUCUUGGGAAUGAUUUAAGCAAUGGAACUAAAACUGGAAGAAAGAAGAUAUAUGUGAGGCUACUUCUCAGUAUUGACCGUCGUGAGACAGCUGAAGCUGCAAUGGAAACUGUGAAGCUUGCUCUAGAAAUGAGAAACCGGGGAGUUGUGGGCAUAGAUCUUUCUGGAAAUCCUCUUGUUGGUGAAUGGCCAACUUUUUCCCCAGUUUUGGAGUUUGCUAAAAAUCAAGGACUUCCAAUAACUCUCCACUGUGGCGAGGUCCCCAAUCCAGAUGAAAUCCACUCAAUGUUAGAUUUUCUUCCGAGGAGAAUCGGACAUGCUUGUUGCUUUGAAGAUGAUCAUUGGGAACUUUUGAAAAGGCUCCAGAUCCCGGUGGAAAUUUGUUUGACAUCCAAUAUUAGAACAGAGACCAUUGCUUCUACAGAUGAAAUAAAUAAGGAAAAUAGAUGUCUAGCUAAUGGAACUAUUCGUCUUGCAGCUGAUUUGUACACGGCAAACCACCCAUUGAUUUUGUGCACGGAUGAUGCUGGGGUUUUCUCGACCAGUCUAUCCUCCGAGUACGCACUUGCCUCGUCUGCAUUUGGUCUUGGAAAGAGGGAAAUGUUUCGGCUUGCACAGCAAGGCAUCGACUUCAUUUUUGCAUGUGAUGCAGUGAAAGAUGAACUGAAGACUAUAUUUUCUGGUCAUGGGGAACACGAAUACUUUGUAUGGAACUCUGGUCUAUCACAAUGAAAAGAACGUGACUUCUAUGCACGGUCGAGAAUGAAUAGUAGUUCGUCAUACAUUCGAAAAUUCAAGUGCUGUGACAACAUCUCCGAUUAAAGGCCUCGUGCUGGCUUCUUCUUGAAGACACAUAGCUGCAACUGCAAGUGCUUGGUACAACCCUUUUGCUGGGUAGUUCCCUUCGAGUAAUGGGUCGGCCAUUUGUGUGAAUUUUCUCCUGUCUUUGAAAAGGGGUUUUGCCUGCAAAAAAGUAUGUUUCCUAUCAAAUUUUCAAGGUUCAAAUUGGUUAAGGUUGUGUUUGGUAAACAUAUAAGCCAGCUUAUAGCUUAUUGUAUUCAAAUAAGUUUGGUUUGGUAGGAUGAGGUUUUUUAAGUACAUCGAGUCUAUCAAAUUUUCAGGUUCACUGAGGCAAGCAAAUUUGGUUAAGGCUGUGUUUGGUAAGCGUAUAAGCUAACUUAAAGCUUAUUUGACUAACUUAUAAGUUUUCUGUAUUCAAAUAGUUUGGUUUGGUAGGAUGAACUUUUUUAAAUAGUUCGAGCUUAGCUCAUAAGCUUCAUU